AUGUUACCGAUCAAUCAAGAUUCGCACAAAUUCUCUUCAAAAGAAACGGAUUUAAACGAUGAUUUUCAAGAACCUGAAUUUUCCAGCGGAAUUUGCUGUUCUUUGUGGAACAUAUCGUGUUUCUGCUGCCGUCCAUCCGACGGCACUGUCGUAUGGGAGCGGCUUCAGACGGCGGAGAAAGGAAGAGAGAGGGCUCAGGCGAGUAGUUGGUGGAGGAAAGGUAUAAAAGCAUUCAAUAAAACGAGGGAAUGGUCGGAGAUUGUGGCCGGUCCGAAGUGGAAGACAUUUAUUCGCCGGUUCAACAAGACCGGGUCCAAACACGGGAAAUUCCAGUACGAUCCUUCUAGUUACGCUUUGAAUUUCGACGACGGACUGGGGCAAAACGAUCAAUUAGAAGAUGAUCGGAUGUACCGGAAUUUCUCGUCGAGAUAUGCGGCGGCAAUUCCGGUGUCAGGUAAUGCGGACAAGGACGCGCCGCCGCUAAAAUGA